UCAAUGAAUAUUGAAUAAAUUUUAUUAAUGCGGUUUCUUUAGUUUCUAAUUGUUUUUGUAUUGAUAUCUGGUACCCCAGGUUCUAAAGUCGAAAGCUGACUACUUCUCUGAUUUUUAGAACUCUUGUUUAUUGGUUGCUGUCCACCACCAAUAAUUGUUAUCUCAUGGUCGAUCCGUCGUUGACGAUGGUGAUUUCGAAAGAUGAUUGACGAAUCGUGAUCCAACAUAAGAUGUUCGGUAAAACGUCGAAACGGUCGUCGGACGACUGCGUUCUAGUCGACACCAAAAAGAAAAAGAUUUCGAAAGAUAAACAAGAAGCUUCCAAUGUUAAAACGGCGAUCGUCUGCAAUGGAGACUUGCGUCAGAAGAAAGCAUUUUUUGCGUUUUUUGGUAAAUCGUUGGAUGAUAAAAAAAUUGGCAGUAUGGAUCUUCAGAGCAACGACUCGAUAAUGGCUAAAGUGGUUAACAAAACAACAAAGGUGACGAAUAAAGUCGCAAGCAUCAAUAGCAAAGGGUAUUGUUCUCAAUCGUCACUGGAAAAUAAUGAAAUUAUGAACACUUCACAGUUUUCCAACCACUGUUUCAUUAAGAAAAAUGAAAAUUUGUCUUAUGUCAGUAGUUUUGUUGAAGAGUUGAGUUGUUUUCCAAAAAUCACUCAUACCAAUAGGGUGGCACCUUUAAGCUGUUCAAAUCUUAUACUACAUUUGAAUGAAGAAACAUUAUAUGAUGACAAUAUUCAGAAUUCUAUGCCAUCUUUUCAAAUUUUAAAUACUGAACCUAAACGUAAAGUAUUAAAACCUUAUGAAACCGAAAUCCAUCUUCCUUACAUGAUUUCUUCUUUAAAAAAGGCUGUUCCAAAUUUUCCAUUCUCUGAGUUUCAUAAAUAUAUGAAGAAAAAACAUUUACUAGCAAAGAAAUCUUCAAAUAUUAUUGAAUCUAUGUGGAUUGAUAAAUAUAAACCAAUGUGUAAAGAAGAAGUUCUUGGCAACAGUGAACUUGUUAAGAGUUUGAAAAAUUGGUUGAAACCUGUUAAAAAAGAAUUAAAAUUAUCAACUAAAAGUCAAAAGUAUGAUGACGAUGAGGAUUUUAUUUUUUAUAGUGAUAGUGAUUCCAACCAUAAAAUUCCACAAAAUGUAGCUAUUAUACUUGGACCCAGUGGCUGUGGAAAAACCAGUGCAGUUUAUGCUGUAGCCAAUGAAAUUAAUGCAAAUGUAAUAGAAUUGAAUGCUUCCUGCAAUAGAAAUGGAAAACGUAUUACUACUGAUUUAAUGGAAGCCACACAAUCCCAUGCAGUGGAAAAAAAUUGUUUUUUUAAUAUGAUGAAAGGAAAAAAGAAAAAACCAAAAAAUCAAAAACAAAAAGAAGAUGCUAAUGAAAAAAUGACAAUAAUAUUGAUUGAAGAUGCAGAUAUAUUUUUUGAAAAUUAUGAUGAUGGAUUUCUGGCUGCAAUAUCUACUAUAGCUAACGACUCAAAAAGGCCAUUAAUAUUAGUAGCAAAUGACCCAUUUAAUAAUCAUUUGUUGAAAUUUCUUUCAUCGAAUGAAAUCACUCUUCAUUUUAUGUAUCCAUCAAAAGAAGAUUUAUGUUGCUUUUUACAGUUGAUGGCUUUAAAUGAAGGAGCUAUUAUGUCAGAAGAUGAAGUAAAUGCUUUUAUCCAUCCCUUUAAGCCUGAUAUCAGACAAAGUACACUUCAAUUACAAUAUAUUUUAAGUUCAGGAAAGAUUGAUGAUAGAAAAACAUCUAACAUCAUUUAUAAAAGUAGUAUUAAUUCAAUUUGGUGGAAUUGGCCAUAUGUGAUUAGGUGUAAUCCUACAAAUGAAGAAAAAUAUGAACAAGCCAAGUCCAAUAUUGAUAUAACAACUAUAUCUCAAAGUCUAGAUGAUCUGUCAAAAUUAAAUUUGAUAUAUUCAAAAACUCAGAGUUAUGAUUCCUUAGAUCCACAGCCUUUUUGGCAUCACCUUGUUACAAGAGACAGUGCUAAUUUAAUAGAAACACAUCAUUGGUCAGAUAAUUCUAUUCAGCUUUCCACAGAUAUUGUUCAAUGGGUACAAAGUCAUAUUAAUACACGAAAUUAUGAUGCUGCAAAACUUUACCCAAAUUCUGAAGAAUUGAGUUGGCGACAAAAGAUUUGGAACAUAUCAAAGGAUAUACUAGAACAAAUAGGUUUAGAUUAUUGUAAUCGAAAAAAUAGAACAGGUUUCGACUAUUUGGCCACAAUACGGUCUAUGGGUCGAAAUCAACAGAUAAAACCAUUUGGAAAUCUGAGGCAUUCAAAAAUGUUUUCGUACUUAGAACAGAUUAAUAUCAAUUUAGGCACUGAAAAUUUAAAAUUGUUGUGUAACUCUUUCCGUUCCACUUCUGUUUGUGAUCAGCCUAAAUCUGACGAAUUUUAGUUUUUAACCAAUGAAUUAUUUAUAAAAUAUUAUAAUAAAUCUAAAUUUUUUUUA